AUGCCUCCCAAGAAAGCUGUUGUACAAGAGAAGGUCCUUCUGGGCCGUCCAGGAAAUAACCUGAAGAGCGGUAUCGUUGGUCUGGCCAACGUCGGUAAAUCGACGCUCUUCCAAGCCAUCACCAAGUCCAACUUGGGUAACCCGGCCAACUUCCCCUAUGCCACCAUUGACCCCGAAGAGGCGCGUGUCAUCGUUCCCGAUGAUCGUUUCGACUGGUUGUGCGAGCAUUACAAGCCCAAGUCGCAGGUUCCUGCCAACUUGACGGUCUAUGAUAUCGCCGGUCUGACUCGUGGUGCCUCUACCGGUGCUGGUCUCGGUAACGCUUUCUUGUCCCACAUCCGUGCCGUCGAUGCUAUCUUCCAAGUUGUGCGCUGCUUCGAUGAUGCUGAGAUUAUUCACGUCGAGGGUGACGUCGACCCCGCUCGUGAUCUGGACAUCAUCAGCGAGGAACUCCGUGUCAAGGAUAUUGAGUUUGUUGAGAAAGCUCUGGAGGGCUUGACGAAGCAGACGAAGCGCGGUGGUCAGUCACUUGAGAUGAAGAAGCUGCGCGAGGAGGAAGCUACUGUUGCCAAGGUCCUCGAGCACCUGAAGUCCGGCAAGGAUGUCCGCAAGGCCGAUUGGGGCCCCAAAGAGGUUGAGGUCAUCAACCCCCUCCAGCUCCUCACUGCUAAGCCUGUUGUCUACCUAGUCAACCUUAGCGAGAAAGACUACAUCCGCCAGAAGAAUAAGCGCCUUCCCGAUGUUCUGGAAUGGGUGAAGAAAAACUCUCCUGGUGACCCUAUAAUUCCCUUCUCGGCCUGUUUCGAGGAGCGCCUUACCCGGUUCGAGACUGAAAAGGAGGCCAUCGAGGAGUGCAAGAACCUGAACACCAAGUCUGCCUUGCCCAAGGUGAUCACCACCAUGCGUACAUCUCUGAACCUGGCCAGUUUCUUCACCACUGGUGCCGAUGAAGUCCGCCAGUGGACCAUCCGCAAGGGUAUCAAGGCUCCUUCUGCUGCCGGUGUCAUUCACACCGACUUUGAGAAGACUUUUAUCCAGGCCAUUGUUUACAACUAUAGCACUCUGCGUGAGUACGGCGAUGAAGCCGCCGUCAAGGCCGCCGGUAAGGUCAUGACCAAGGGUAAGGACUACGUCGUUGAGGACGGUGAUAUCCUCCUGAUCAAAGCCGGUGCCGCCCGUGGCUAA